GAGAGAUGGCGGUGGAUGGACCCAGCGCCGCAGGAUCGAUCACCGAAAAACUCGAUUGGGAUCGCUGUUCAUAACUGAGCCAAAGACAGUGAAACAGCGCCUGGUUGGAGGGUUUGAACCCGGAGUGAAGAGCAGACUACACGGAGAGAAGGUUCCUGGCUGCCAGCACCAUCCUCCAUCUUCAGAACGAUGGAGUUCCCGUGGCACAGCGGGAAGGUCCUGGAGCAGCUUAACCGGCAGCGCAAGCAGGGCCUGUUGUGUGACUGCACCUUUGUCGUGGACGGGGUGGACUUCAAGGCCCACAAAGCUGUGCUGGCAGCCUGCAGCAUCUACUUCCGCACCCUCUUCCUGGACCAGAAAGAUGUGGUGCAUCUGGACAUUAGCAAUGCAGCAGGUUUGGGUCAGGUCCUGGAGUUCAUGUACACAGCCAAGCUGAGUUUAAGUUCACAGAAUGUUGAAGACGUGCUGGCCGUUGCUAACUUUCUACAAAUGCAAGAGAUUGUAAAUGCCUGCUCUGCGUACCAGUCAAUGGCAAAUCCAGUUCCUUCCCUCAUAACACUGGAUUUCACUGUUGAAAAAGAGCCGAAAGAGGAGCGGGAGAGUGACAUGGCUGAAGUGGCAGCACAAGCAGAGCAGAGUGCUUCAUGCACUUCUUGCAUUAUCACAGAAGAUAAGGAACCCACGCAAAAUCAGGACAAUUUAAAGGAAGACACCUUUACAGAAACUCAACAGACUGCUUCUCAGCCCAGUCCUGCAGCACAAUCACCCGAAACCACGCCCCCUUCUGGUGAAAAGACCGUAGAAGGCACUGCACAAGAUUCACCUGGAUUUCAGGAUGACCCCUGCGACACCACUAUUGCACCCAGAUUAGAGUUAAAAUCUGGUGGCAGCUCAUCUUACACUAGCUCUCGAGGGAGAAGAAUCAGAAAACCUCUGAGACGAAACUUCCAAACUGAGAGUGACUCAGAGGGCGAAGGCACGUCAAAGACAAAAACUGAGGCGGAAGUGUCGGAGCCGACAGAGAUGGCUGAAGGAGAGGAGGAUGAGUUUGUGGAGACUGGUGAUGGAGUUGAUGAUGACGAUGAGGAUGGAGAGGAAGAUGGCGAGGUCAGCCAGCAGGAGGAAGGAGCUGACUCCGGCAGCGAGAUAGAGGGGAGACAAACUCAGUCAGCGUCAAUGAGCAACCGGUCCGAGUCGAAGCCUUACAGCUCUGUGACACACAAAUGUGAGGACUGUGGGAAAAAAUUCACCCACACUGGUAACUUCAAGAGACACAUGCGUAUUCACACAGGAGAGAAGCCGUUCAGCUGUCGGGACUGCAAUAAAGCUUUCUCGGACCCAGCAGCCUGUAAAGCCCACGAGAAAACACACAGCCCCCUGAAGCCAUACUGCUGCUCUAUUUGCGGAAAGAGCUACCGCCAGAUCAGUCUGCUCAACUUGCACCGCAAGCGCCACACAGGUGAAGCACGCUACAGCUGCGACGUCUGCGGCAAGCUCUUCACCACGUCUGGCAACCUGAAGCGGCACCAGCUGGUGCACAGUGGUGAGAAGCCCUAUAACUGCGACUUCUGUGAUAAGGCCUUUUCUGACCCCACCGCCAAGAUGAGACAUCUAGAGACGCACGAUAUGGGGAAGGGCAACAAAUGUCCGCACUGCGAAAAGCGUUUUAACCAGGUGGGAAAUCUUAAGGCUCACUUAAAGAUCCACAUUACAGAUGGACCUCUUAAAUGCAAAGAAUGUGGCAAACAGUUUACCACUUCAGGGAAUCUGAAGAGACACCUGCGGGUUCACAGUGGGGAGAAACCUUACACCUGUAUGCACUGUCAGAGGGCGUUCAGUGAUCCUGGAGCUCUGCAACGGCAUGAACGCAUACACACAGGAGAGAAGCCCUGCGUCUGUGUUGUCUGUGGCAAAGCCUUCACCCAGGCCAGUUCCCUUAUUGCUCAUGUCCGCCAGCACACGGGAGAGAAGCCUUAUGUGUGUGAUCGCUGCGGCAAAAGGUUUGUUCAGUCCAGUCAAUUGGCCAAUCACAUUCGCCAUCAUGACAACGUCCGACCACACAAAUGUCAGAUGUGCAAUAAGGCAUUUGUCAAUGUGGGAGACCUGUCGAAGCACAUCAUCAUACACACAGGGGAGAAACCUUUCCUGUGCGACAAAUGCGGCAGAGGGUUUAAUCGGGUGGACAAUCUGCGCUCCCACGUCAAGACCGUCCACCACGGCAAGGCCGGCAUGAAGCGGCUGGUAGUAGCCACGGGCAGCACAGACGAAGGGACUGAUGGGUGCACAGGUGCAGCCAACUCUGACAGCGAGAUCAACAUAGUGACUGUUACCACAGAUGAUAUCGUCGCCCUGGCAGGGAGUGCUGUGGCUCAGCUGACAGUGGUUCCAGUGGUGGCUUCCGUGUCUGCAGAUGAGACAGAGGCUUUGAAAGCUGAAAUUACCAAGGCAGUAGAGAAAGUGCAAGAAGCAGACCCCAACACACAGAUCUUAUACGCAUGUGAUUCCUGUGGUGAUAAAUUCUUGGAUGCGAGCUCCCUUGCCCAGCAUGUUCGCAUACACACAGCUCAGGCUUUGGUUAUGUUUCAGGCAGAUUCAGACUUUUAUCAGUACACCACAACCACCACAGCUGAGGGGGAAACGGCUACAACAUGGCAGCCCACAACUGAGCAGGUCAUCCAGGAAGGGGAACUGAUCCGCCAUGCCAAUGAAGGAGAGGAAGAGGCAGACAGAAAGAUGGUGGACAAGUCACAAUAUGAAAAGACGGGUCAGGAGGGUUGACUGAUAAGAGGAGGAAACCCACACCGAGCUCCACCCAGAGGGAAAAAUGUGUACUGGAGCAGAUUUGUGAAAGAUGUAUGAAAUAUUGUUUAUAGCAGAAAUCUAAUUUAUACAGGAGGAGGAAGCGCAAUAAAUGAAAGGGAGGUAGAGGUUAUACGAUGUAUAGUUUGUUUAUUUUUAGAAUGAAAUGCACGAUUGUGCAUUUAUCCUUUCUAUGAAACAUUUUGAUCACAAUUGAGUCCUAAUAUAACUUAAACGCCUCUGUUUCAUUUUUCAUUUCACUCAGGUGAAAUAUGUACAUUUUCCCUUAACAGUCAAAAUAUUUUAUUGCAUUUAGUUGAAAUAUUUUCAUGGAAUGCUCAUUAUACAAAGAAUAUUUAGAUGGACAUGUAAGGUAAUAAAGAUUUAAAUCAGAGGGGUGAUUUAAUCAUGUUCUUGCAAACACUGUAAAUGCUGUGGAUGUCUUAUGACCCCUAGAUAAAGAUUGAAAAAAACAUUUGUGCUGAUGAGAAACAGGUCAAUUCUCCUCAUAAUUGUGAGGACAGCUUUUUUCUUUUGUUGCAGUAAGACGAUCUCGCUGGUAUGAAGAUAGUUCAGUGUCAUGUUAGUAUAUUGGUAACAUUGCUAAGAAUCAAUGGAAGUUAUCGGAUCAAUAAACA